AUGGCCGCCAACGACGAGCAGGUAGUCACCGUCGCCUCUAGUGCCUCGUCGCGCACGGACGUCCAGGCGCAGGACCCUUCCGAAAAGCCUGAAGUGAACGUGUCGGGGAAUGCUGGUGACGAUGCGUCCACCAACGUCGUGAACACCGGGGGCGAGGGCCUGUCUGCUUUUCCGGAAGACAAAAAGGCAUGUCAUUCCUCCCCAACCCUGCUGGUUCAGAGGCUCACCUGCAGUCCUAUUAUCCAGGAAGAAGCCUUAGAGAGUGCGGAGGACGACUGGGCUCAUGACCCUGCCAACCCUCGUAAUUGGGCGUUCGGCCGUAAGUGGAGGAUGGUCGCGUGUAUCGGUUUGUAUACAUUCGUGUCUCCGCUGGCCAGUUCCAUGAUGGCCUCCGCUUUACCUGACAUCGCGAUACAUUACCAUAUCACGAGCCCCACGAUCGUGGCCAUGACCCUCAGUAUUUUCUUACUAAGUUUUGCCCUGGGCCCUCUGUUCUUCGCACCUAUUUCUGAGAUCUAUGGGCGGACAUGGGUAUACCAUAUCACUAAUCUAUUGGUGCUGGCGUUUAGUUUUGGCUGCGCAUAUGCUCCGACUACUGGCGCCCUCAUUGGCUUCCGGCUGUUAUCCGGCUUCUUCGGUAGCGCUCCGAUUGCUAUCGGAGGCGGUACUGUCAGCGACCUAUUCUCUGAGCGGGAUCGUGCGUCGGCUAUGGCGGUGUAUUCCCUAGGACCGCUCAUUGGCCCUGCCGUUGGCCCUAUUGCUGGUGGAUUUAUUGCCCAAUCUAUCGGGUUCAAGUACAUUUUCGUUGUAAUUGGCGCCCUGUGCGGUGUUGCCUCUAUUUUCUGUGUUCCCUUACUCAGGGAGACAUACCACCCGGUCAUUCGUUUGAGACGCGCAAGACAUUCAUCAGAUCCUGAAAAGGAGGCGCAGAGGCAUCCUCAUCUUCUCCAGGAACAUGGCAAUAAGUUUCAUCGGAUUUGGGUAGAUAUGAGCAGACCGUUCAUCCUGCUGACGAGGAGUCCUGUUUGUUUCAUCCUGAGCUUGUACAUGGCAUUGAUUUAUGGAAUCUAUUAUUUGAUGUUCUCCACAUUCCCGACUCUCUUCACCGGUGUAUACGGAUUUAGUAUAGGUGUGGGUGGUCUGGCGUACCUGGGUUUGGGUAUAGGCUUCCUCGGGGCUACCGUCAUUGGUGCAACUCUUGCAGAUAAGAUCUACAAGGCGCUUUCGCUGAGAAAUGGCGGGAAGGGCAAACCUGAAUUCCGCAUCCCUGCGCUUAUCUUCGGUUCUUUCUUCAUUCCGAUAAGUCUUUUCUGGUAUGGCUGGUCAGCUCAAGCACACGUUCAUUGGAUAAUGCCUAUCAUCGGCACUGGCAUCUUCGGCUUCGGAAUGAUGACGACUUUCUUGCCGAUUCAAUUGUACCUGGUUGAUACUUUCACCUUCGCCGCAAGUGCUCUUUCUGCGUCUGCUGUCUUCCGCUCAUUGUUUGGGUUUGCGUUCCCUCUUUUCGGAGAGCAAAUGUUCAAGGCGCUGGGAUAUGGUGGAGGCAACUCGCUGCUAGCAGGGCUGGGCAUCGUCAUUGGUAUCCCAUUCCCCGUGUGGCUAUGGUUCAACGGCGAGCGUAUCCGCGAACGCAGUCCCUUGAGCCGCUAG